GAUUCUCCUCAACGCCUUUCCCAUCAAAUUCUGCUCCAAUCCACGAAAUUAUGAGCUCUUUCCAACCAUGAUCUCCCCUCGUCGUCCCCAAGUCCGUGCUGUGAAUCGCCAUGGAUGGCACCUUGCCCCACGGCACCAAAGGCAAGAGGGAUGAGUGGAGUGAAGGGGGAGUACUGUCGCUCUUAGAGAUCUAUGAGUCCAAGUGGCUAUUUCGCAAUCGCGCUAAGCUGAAAGGUAGCGAUUGGGAGGAUAUCGCUCGCCAAGUUUCGAUCCAAUACUCUUCUUCGAAUGCUCACAAGACGCCUAGCCAGUGCAAGAACAAGAUCGAGUCCAUGAAGAAACGGUACCGCGCGGAGGCUGCAGCAGCAGCUGAAAACCCGGGUUCAUGCUCUUCCUGGCAGUUCUUCGCUCGCAUGGAUGGUUUGCUUAAGGCCGCCGCUACCCUUUGCCCUAGCAGGCCAAAUUCGAACUGUAAUCGGAAAAAAAACGUCAAUCUGGUUGUUCCAGGUAAGGCGGAGGAGGUUGAUGCGGAUGCGGGAGAUGGAAACUUGCAUGAAAGACAUCGGGAACAUGGAUCCAAUAGUUCGGGGAAAGGUUUUGUUGGAGAGAAAUUUAGUGAUGAGGUGAAGGAGAGUGGAGGGAGUGAUAGUGAUGUUAGUGCUCGGAUGUUUAAGGAGGAGGCUGCAGAUGAUAGGAUUUUGAAGAAGCGAAGGAGAUUGGGGAAUGAGAUGGCGGAGAGCAUUCAGUUGCUGGCUCAAUCCAUAUUAAAGAUUGAGCAGGGAAGGAUGGAAAUGUUUAGGGAUUCUGAGAAGCUUAGGGCGGAGGCGGAGAUUAAGAAGUGGGAGAUGGAGCUGAAGAGGACAGAGAUUAUUUCGAAGACACAGUUGCAGAUUGCUAAGAUAGUCAUGAAGAGGCUUUAUGGAAAGAGCAAUGCGCAUGAGGGCUCUCCUUUGAAGACUGAGCUUGAUAUGCUGUCAAGGAGGGAAGUAAUGGGAACUGCAUGCAAGACUGACUGGUUUUUGUAAACUUCAGGGUGACUAACUGCUUCUGCUUCUACCCAUGAAGAUUAUGUUCUGCCUUCUCAUUUAAAGUGUGCGGACCUAUGCUCUUCAAUAUCUUAUCAAGUAAGUGUUUAUCUUCACAUGGUUACAUUUGUUACCUCGGCUAUAAUUAUAGUUUUGCAGUGGAUAUAUGUGCAAAUCCAUGGUAUUUUAUGUGGAAGAGAUAUCCAAAAUUACCAAUUUAAAUAUUUAUUGGUGGUGAUUCCCUUAUCUGAGAAGGGAUAAUUUGCCAAAAGUAGGAUUGAACAACACUGAAAUGGAAAAAAUGUAAGACUAUGUAUGGCUUUAAAUCAAUCUGCAAUUAUACGAAAAGCUGUUAUGGGUUGCCA